ACACUCGGCUGAAGACACUCGAAGAAAAAGACCUUGGGAACAAAUUCAGCAUCUUGGCAACCAGAAAUUGCUUUCCUCUCUGUUUCUAGUAGGCCUAGUGAUUAAGCAAGUGUUAUCAUUGCCUGAAGUUACAUAGCUUUCUUUAUUUGGACGUUUCGCAACAUUUUUGAUUUUCCAAAAGGGAAUGUUUGCAUAGCUACAUUGCCGAAGACCCUCCUCAAGCCGUAUUCUCCGUGUUUAAUGGAAACGCACAAUUAUAAGAAAUGGUUGCAUUUUGCGAAUACCAGUGAUUGCUUUCUACGGACCAUCACAGCUGCGGUGCGCGAGGAAGGACGCCUCAGCUUGUUGGACCCCGGGUCGCGUGUGUGUAUAGGCUACGGUUACCGUAUACCAUCAGUUGGACUGCUGGAGUGAAGGUGACUCGCGCCCCCUUUGCAGUCGAGGCAAUGCGGAGAGGAGUCGCAGGCGCUCAUCCGGUACUUCUGCGCUCUGACGGCAGCCUGUAAAAAUAUAUUAUUCUUCUUAGACGGUAGAGAGAGAGAGAGAGAGCGAGAGAGAGAGAGAGAGAGAGAGAGAGAGAGAGAGAGAGAGAGAGAGAGAGAGAGAGAGAGAGAGAGAGAGAGAGAGAGCAGUAAUACACCACAGAUAAACUAUCUAUCCUAUCCGUUUUAGGAUAUAUCCUACUGGAGAGGUUUCGACACCACAAACGAUAGAUAGACCAGGAUAUCGGCCAAUAGGUGGUGGUGGAGUUUAGGGGGACGUAGAUUAACAACGUUCUGUAUUAGAGCUGUUUUAUUAGUGGAUGUGUAUGCAUGAGUUCUGCACCGAAUGGGCGCAAGAACCGCCCCAGAUCUGCCGGGAACAUCUUCCAGAUCGGCAAGGCUCCCUACCGAGACCCGGAGAGGAGGGAGAGCACGGAGAGCACCCGCAAAGCCCAGCGCGCCGUGGCGGACUGCAGAAUGAUUGUGCAGGAGUUUAACACGCUUGUGGCGCUGUAUCGUGAGCUGGUCAUCUCCAUUGGCGAGAUCUCUGUCGACUGCCCGUCGUUACGGGCCGAGAUGCACAAGACCCGAACUAAAGGCUGCGAGAUGGCGAGAGCCGCAAACCAGAGCCUGACAGUCAUUUCAGGGCCUGAGGACGGAGAGAUUCACCCAGAGAUCUGCAGGCUCUUCAUCCAGCUGCAGUGCUGUCUGGAGAUGUACAUCACAGAGAUGCUAAAGUCUGUCUGUCUGCUGGGAUCCCUGCAGCUCCACAGGAAAGGGAAGGAUUGCUGUGGGCCUCCCAGGAUUGACGGUAAGGUGGAUGAGAGCUCAGACAUCCCCAUUCUAGAAGACACCUCCUCCCCCAUGGACUGUCAUCAGCUCUGCUGGCUGGUCACCACAGACAUAGACAAUACUGAGAGGGACAUGAGAGAGAUGAAGAACCUUCUCAGUAAACUCAGGGAGGCGAUGCCUUUACCACUGAAGAACCAAGAUGACAGCAGCUUGCUGAACCUAACUCCCUACCCACUGGUCCGACAGAGGAAGAGACGGUUCUUUGGGCUCUGUUGCCUGGUAACCAGCUAAGGGGCCUGCCCUCCUGGGUUGAAGGCAGGAACGGUAAUGCUUAAGUUGAAGUGUUGUUCAUGGCACAUCCAUAAAGUGUCCUAUGCACAUCAUAAUUCAAGUGUCAAAAGACAAGCUAUAAAAGCUUUGUCAACUGGAAUGACAUACAGUAUUUGCAUGUCACGACCAAUAUAUUUAUUUGCAUUAUGACAUGGUGUCAUAAGAUAUUGACAGUUAUCAUAACAGUGCCCCAUAAAGGAAAGAGCAUAGAAUUAAAUAUUUUGUAAUGUGUCAUGGGCAACACUGCACGUAAAGUGCUACUGCGGCAACAAAGACACCAUUAACCACAAUCCUUCACCACUUGUGUCUCCCACCACUAUAUUACUGCCAUUUCCAAUAUCCAAUACAAUCCAAUUCUCUCUUUGUUGAAAAGGCUACCCCAUUUUAUAAUUUUAUUUUGUAAUACAAAGAUAAAUUGUAAUUGCAAUGUAAUGAAACCAAUAGUCAAAACAUAUAUUUUAUAUUUCUUUUCAUAUUCAUAUUUCUUUUCAUUUGGUACAGAAGUCCAACCUUUUUGUUUGGUACAGAAGUCCAACCUUUUCGUUUGGUACAGAAGUCCAACCUUUUCGUUUGGUACAGAAGUCCAACCUUUUUGUUUGGUACAGAAGUCCAACCUUUUCGUUUGGUACAGAAGUCCAACCUUUUUGUUUGGUACAGAAGUCCAACCUUUUCGUUUGGUACAGAAGUCCAACCUUUUCGUUUGGUACACAACCUUUUCGUUUGGUACAGAAGUCCAACCUUUUCGUUUGGUACAGAAGUCCAACCUUUUUGUUUGGUACAAAAGUCCAACCUUUUCGUUUGUCAAAGGUUUUCGGAAGAGAGAGACCAUUUGAAACAAUGUCAACAUUUAGUUUCUUCCAUAAAGCUGAAUUGAUGAAUUAAUGAAUUGUGUGUAGGACACAAUUUGAUCCUUAAGUUUGUUUCAAAAACAAUGUUAGCAAGUACGACACUUGCCAUGUGUGGCAAUACUUUUCCAAUGUGACCGGUCAUUGAAGUUAAACACUUGCAGUAAACAGAUAUGCUAUUUUAGGGCUCUAUUCAAUCUGUAUCCCUGAAGCGUUAAAGAUUGCACAGUUUAAAUGUAAAGGUAAUUUCCGAUUGAGUUGACAUACGCAGCGUUUACUGUGAAUGCAGUCUCCGCUAACAUUGCCUUUGAUUUUUCAAUCACGCUUUAAAGCUGAACUUCCGUGAUACGCACUGAAUAAAGCCCUUCAUUUGAUCACUCUGUGGUCACAGAUAAUUUUCCUGCUCCGCAGGAAAUGAAAACUUGUAGUGUAUUUACAUUUUUAAAAGUAUUCUAAAGUUUGUAAUUUCCAGUUUAAAAUGUCAGACUUGACUUAACCUAAUGUAAAAUGUAUCAACCCCUACAAAAAAAUGUCCAUUCAUUAUAAUCCACAUAAUAAUUCACAUGACCUGUUGCUGCAGGAUUAUUUUCCUGCUGUGAAAAACUAGUCAAAUUAAGAUAGCAGAUCUGUAUAUGUACAUUACUAGAUAAAAGGCAUAGAGCUGUUUUUCCAGAGCAGAGAAAGUCUGUGCACUACGUCUGUUGUGAGUUUCGUUCUCUGUUUUCCAUUUCUAGCUGACCCUGUACUUCCUGUACUGUACUUCCUGUAUUGACCUUGAUUUAGUCUUCCAUGAACCAAACACCUGUACCUGACUUUUCCUUUCCAUCUUCAAGGAGGAAUAUACUAUACAAUACUAACAAAAUUAUUAACUUCUUUGCACAUACAAUAUCUAUCUAUAAAUGAAGACAUUAGACAUACUCUAUGUAUGUAUAUACACAUACUCUCCAAUCGAUGAGCUCUGGAAAAUCUUCGAAGUUGAGAUAGAUUGGUGAAGUCUUGGUUGGCAUAAGCAGGUGACGUUUCCCUUUGUAAUGCACAAUCUGUGCGGGUAGUGGGGACUCAGCAUAGGUCUUGCUUAUUAGAAAUAGUGAUAUAUGUGUAGGGCAUGGAGAAGGUACAGUACUGUAGUCAAAGCUAAAAUAAAAAGCUGUAUGUCAUUUUACAUUGUUAAUAAACUUUUUUAUUUAAACCGA